AUGGCCGAGAACACAGAUGGCGUUCCCGCUGACAUCAAAGGGGAGAGGGUGGAGCAACUCGUGGCGAACAUCAACGCGAAGUGCGACGCCCUGCAGCGGCAUUUGAUGCAGAGUUCGCAAAGCCAGUCCACCUUGUGGAACGCCCUCACACUUGGCUCCGCGGCUUUCGAGGGGAGAUCGUCGGUCCCUUUGAUCAGUCCAAGCGCCAACGGCGUUCCCUCCGUCCCCACGACCCAUCUAUCCCUCGUGACUGCCUCGAACAGGCCGCGCGGACCGACCUACUGGCAAGAGCGUGAACUUUAUGUCGCGGCGUCUGAGCUAUGCCACUACUUGAAUGGCGGUGUCAACUACCGCACGAUGUGUAUGCAAUACCAGUCCAUCUUGGAACCGCUUUUGAAGAUGCUGAGGGAGGACAUUCAGCUGGCGCGUCACACAGAUUUUCUGCCGGGUGGCACGCUGGAUAGGGCCCAUGCCAUCUUCUCUCAACUUCUAAAUGAAUCGAAAGAGCUUCUAGUGGAAAACGGUGUCAUUCCGAGGUCUGAAGUGCGACUAGCGGGGAAGGUGGAGAACAAGGACCAUGGCAAAGCAGGCGAAACAUCCAAUCAUGAGUACACUUUACCCGUUGCGCUAACUUGCACCGAGUCCUACAACACCGAUUCCAGUACACAAAAUAGGUCGUCUGAGCGGCACAGCAGUGGAAGAGGAAAUUCGGGCAGACAACAUGAGUCACGUGUGACCAUCAGCGCCCCGACGGAGGGAUCAGACCAAGAGAAACCGUAUUCGCCACUGCCCCUUUACAAUUCCGCAUCCAAAUGCGCGAGUGAAGACAUUUAUGAUGUACAAACACCCCAUGUCCUGCCAACGGAAGAAUGCACAGGGAAUAGGUUUCAGGCCAACUCGUCUGCAAGGCCUGGGAGCGAGGAAGCGUUAAGGGCGGAGAGCAGCCCCCGCAACCGAUCCCGCUAUCACUGCAUGGAAGAACUCUACAAUGAGCUUUACCUCCAUGAUGGCAUGAAUAUGUUGAUUGAAAUGAUGCGCGUGGUUUUUUUAAAGGAGUAUAAUAAUGCCGAUUCAAAAACAGUGGAUGAAGCCUUUUCAAAAUUCAGAGAAAACGUUGACAACGAUCUUUUGCCGCAUAUUCAGAGCUACGACGCACUGGUUUCCCCCACAAAGGUGCAACCCUUACUACGUUCCGCGUACGUAUUGAAUUGUUUGCAGCGCUAUAUCCAACCCAAUGAACGAUUGCUGGCCAUCUUGCAACACAUCGACUCUGAGCGUGACGCAACAUCGCUGUUUCUCGUCAACAUGAGCUUACGCGACACCGAUAUGAAACCAUUUGUUGCUCUGCUACCGAGACUGAGUCACCUUCGUUACUUGGACCUUAGUCACAACGACAUUCAUGACGCCGGGGUUCGCGAGCUGUGCUCCGCGCUUGAAGGUCACCCAUCCCUUGAGCUGCUGGAUCUCUCUGAUAACCCCCUCACCGACGCAGCUGGUGCGGAGUUGAUACAACUGGCGGCCACCACAACGCACCUGAAGGCGGUAGGCCAGCAAGGCAUUGCGUUCAGCCACCACAUACGGGAAGCACUCGGUUCGCAGCUGCAAAAGAACCGAAGUGCAUGCGGUACCUCAUUCACACCCAAUCAUAUUUUGAACGGAGUCGGUGUCGGUGGCAGUAAUCAAAAUGAAUUGUGGAAGCGAAGUUUGACGAGGCGCCUAGCGCCCCUUGCGUUAGUAGAUGAAUCGCAGCCUGCACAGACAUUGAAGCCCUCGCCUGGCGAGGUGUUGCAAGCUCAGGGAAUGAGCUCAUUGGUUUCUCGCAGUUUAGGCAUGAUGCGUAGGGUGCGUCUGCCGUAUCUGACAGCAACGCGAGGCGGUCAAGCAAACCGCGGAAAACGCGUGACUGAUAGCAGUCCCCGGUGA